GAGGCGGGAGACUUAGGUGGAGGCCGCGCCCGGAGGGGAGGAGUCGGGGCCGGCCCAGCGGCCGGGCUCUGCCGGGCCAUACGAGCCCCCCUCCCCACGAACCGAGCUGGCUAGUCCUGGCUACCCAGAGCAGAACCCCUUUUCUGACUGACCCCGCUUCACGAGCAAACGCCAGCUCCGUGACGUCACAGCCCUGCCCAUCCCCUCAGCCUGAUGUCACCCCCUCCCCGCUCACUGUGCGCUUCCUCAGUGUCCCAGUCACCUGGUCCACGCUGUGUGCUGGCGCCACUUGACGGGGCCUGCCGAGCCCGAAGACUUCCCGGGAACUCUAGGGUGCUCGGGACCGUUUUAAUCACCGCCCCCGAGGCUAAUCUCGCCUUCCCACUCUACUGUCAGUUGUUGCCCUUGUCCAGCCUUCAGGUUCGGCGUCCCGAACUCCAACCCUAGACCGGACUCUGACCCCCAUAUCCUUCUCAUCGUGAGAACCCAGCAGUGAUGUGGGAGUGGAGACUCGCAGGAGCCCCGGACUUCACCUGAGCUACCUCAGUCCCCAGGAGUGGCAAGAGAAAGAAGAAAACCCUGAGUUGGGGGGGACCAGGAUGCCUGACCGGGACAACUAUGCCAACGGCACUGGGAACAGCGGUGGAGUCCCUGGAGGUGGUGGCAGUGAGGAGGCCAGCGGGGCAGGGGCAGGCAGUGGGGGGGCCACCUCAGAUGCCAUCUGUAGAGACUUCCUGAGGAAUGUGUGCAAGCGGGGCAAGCGCUGUCGGUACCGCCACCCGGACAUGAGCGAGGUGUCCAACUUGGGGGUGAGCAAGAAUGAAUUUAUUUUCUGCCAUGACUUCCAAAACAAGGAGUGCAGCCGCCCAAACUGCCGCUUCAUCCACGGCUCCAAGGAGGAUGAGGACGGCUAUAAGAAGACAGGGGAGCUACCUCCUCGGCUGAGGCAGAAAGUGGCGGCUGGGCUGGGUCUCUCCCCUGCUGACCUGCCCAAUGGGAAGGAGGAGGUCCCUAUCUGCCGCGACUUCCUCAAAGGGGACUGUCAGAGAGGAACCAAGUGCAAGUUCCGUCACCUGCAAAGGGAUUUUGAAUUUGAUGCUCGAGGUGGAGGGGGUACUGGAGGCGGGGGCUCAACAGGCUCCAUUCCCUCGGGACGACGCCAUGAUCUCUAUGAUAUCUACGACCUUCCUGAAAGGGGCUUUGAGGACCACGAGCCAGGCCCUAAGCGCCGGAGAGGUGGAUGCUGCCCUCCUGAUGGCCCCCAUUUUGAGUCCUAUGAAUAUAACUUGGCUCCGCCCCGUGGAGUAGAGUGCAGACUGCUAGAGGAGGAGAAUGCCAUGCUCAGGAAACGAGUGGAGGAGCUGAAGAAACAGGUCAGCAACCUGCUGGCCACCAAUGAGGUACUUCUGGAACAAAAUGCCCAAUUCCGAAAUCAGGCCAAGGUCAUGACCCUGAGCUCCACUGCACCAGCGACUGAGCAGACCCUGGCCCCCACUGUGGGCACUGUGGCCACUUUUAACCAUGGCAUCGCCCAGACUCACACUACGCUGAGCAGCCAGGCUCUGCAGCCUCGCCCUGUGUCCCAGCAAGAACUUGUGGCCCCUGCUGGAGCCCCAGCUGCUCCCCCAACUAAUGCUGCACCUCCUGCUGCUCCACCACCCCCACCUCCACACUUGAACCCAGAGAUCACGCCACUGUCAGCCGCUUUGGCUCAAACCAUCGCCCAGGGGAUGGCACCCCCGCCUGUUUCCAUGGCCCCGGUAGCUGUGUCUGUGGCCCCUGUGGCUCCUGUGGCUGUGUCCAUGGCGCAGCCCUUGGCAGGAAUCACAAUGAGCCACACUACUACUCCGAUGGUGACUUACCCCAUUGCUUCCCAGAGCAUGCGCAUCACAGCCAUGCCGCACUGACAGGACUAAUGGACACUCUGCUCCCUGUCACAGCAUCUGGGGCUGGGGUCAUGGCCCUUCCCCACGUGCCCAGCCCUUCUGUCUGAAGGGCCACUCAAAAACUAGGACAAGAGACUACAAGGGAAGUACUUUGUAGAAGCAUCUCCUGAGGCAGGGCUGUGCUUGAGGGUCUCUUGUCCUGCAGGCCUCUACUAUACAGAGGCUUGCAUAGGAGGUGAGACUGAAGCCAGCAGAAAGAAGGGACUGAGGGACUGUGUUCACUCAUAGGAGGUUGGAGAUGUCCCUGGUCUUGUCCUCACGAACAGCACAGGUUCCAGCACUGGUAUGGGAGAGAAAAAUUCCCCACUCAGAGGGAAAACCAGGAAAGAUCGGGAGAGUGGGUGUGCAGGAGAGAAGGCCUCACACAAGCCUUCAGGUGAUUCGGGGCCCAGAAAUGCUCCUGGGUCCCUGGGAAGGCUGGGACCAUAAUACUCCAGCCCAAAGACUAGGGGAACAUUCAUUUACCAAGCUUGGCCUGGAAAUCUGUAGGGCAGUGCCCACUACUUUCCAAAGAAAUAAAAGAACAUUAUUUUUUAACAAA